GUUGUAAAGCUCAUGUAACCAACUCUACGCAUCCCACGGCCUCUAGAAACUGCAGAAAUUCAUCAAUCAACAAGCGAGAAUUAAACGGAGGCUAUACAUGACGACAUCGACUUUGAGAGUGAUGCAGGGGUGAUAACAUACUUGCCAGUUCGUCCGAAAAUACACUCAACUCUGUAUAAAGAGGCAGAUCCUCGAGUCUGAAUUUCUGAAAAGCUGUCCUCUCAGCAAACUACCAAAAACCUGAGUGAGAUUCACAUAUAAAAACUACUUGACUAGUGCCUUUCUCAAAAUGGCGUCGACUGCAGACAAAACGAAGCCGUACAUUCCUCUUAACAGCCUCCAACAGGACGGCUGGUCUACAGACACUGAAGCAACGGCAACAUGCUUCUGUGGUACUGUACAACUAUCUUUGCCAACUGAAGGGCCUGGCCUCCUGGACGUAUUCGUCUGUAACUGUUCGGACUGCCGCAAGAUCACCGCAUCGAUGUUUGCAUCCAAUAUCAUUGCCACAUCUGAUACGGUCAAGCAUCUCAGGGGCCGCGAGAACCUCAAGACCUUCAGCCAGUCGACCACCAUUGGUUCUGGAAGAGCUAUGACGAACUAUUUCUGCGGUACCUGCGGGAGUCUGAUGUAUAGAAUUAGCGAGAGACGCCCUAACGUCUUUAUCCUACGUCUCGGCACUGUCGAUGACUUCAACCUGGCCGAUACUAAGCUGCGACCAAGGACUGAGCAGUACAUUGAAGAUCGAGUGAGCUGGUUCACAGGGUGUGAAGGUGCGAGACAAGCCCACGGCAUGGCAUACCCAGUGACCAGCCUAUAACGAGGACAGGGACCUGGGCUUAGAACUUGAUGCUAUUCGCAAUGUAAUUAUCAACUAGGGCUGCAUCAGUCCUUGACCAACCAAUUCAUUCUUGGCCUUGGUGGCUUGACUCGACUCUAUGUGCAACUGGUCUGCCAGCCCUGGCCGCCUAGGUCUCAUUGGCUUGUUUCAUGAAGCGAAGUCUGUAUAACCUCACUUUCCAAUAUUGCCCAAUA